UAUGGUGGAAUGAAAGAAUGCCACAAGAGAAAGCAUUCUGGCCGCUUGCUCUGACUUGACUUGGCUUAACUGUCUAACUGGAUUCAUCUCUGUCGCUGUUGACGUGUGCAACAGUUAAAAUGUAAAAGACUUUAACUAAGCCAAUUCUCAUUUAUUUACUUAUUUAACACAAAAAUAUGGCUGCCAGUGUGGUUAAAUGUACGCGAAAAACAAAGGAAUUGCCCAAGACCGAGAGUACGCAGUCGAAUGAGGGCAAUUGGCGCUGGUGGCUUUUGCUUGGCACUGUGCUGCUGAUCACAUUUGCAACACGCUUCUAUAAGGUAACUGAACCGGAUCACAUUUGCUGGGAUGAAACGCAUUUUGGCAAAAUGGGCAGUUGGUACAUCAACCGUACGUUCUUCUUUGAUGUACAUCCACCACUGGGCAAGAUGCUGAUUGGUUUGUCUGGCUAUCUGACAGGCUACAAUGGCACCUUUCCGUUCGAGAAACCCGGCGACAAGUACAACGAAACACGUUACCAGGGCAUGCGAUACUUCUGCACAACGCUGGGCGCACUCAUUAUGCCCAUGGGCUUUGACACCGUCUACGAUCUGACGCACUCCCAUGAGGCGGCUUUGCUGUCGGCGGCCUACCUCAUCUUUGACGUGGGUCUGCUUACACUCAAUCAAUACAUAUUGCUGGAUCCCAUACUCUUGUUCUUCAUGAUGGCCUCCGUUUGGGGCAUGGUGAAGAUAUCCAAGUGCACCGCAGCCGGUGGCUCCUACACGUUUCGCUGGUGGUGCUGGCUCUCGCUGACUGGCACCAUGCUCUCAUGCACCAUCAGUGUGAAGUUUGUGGGUCUCUUUGUGGUGCUGCUGGUGGGUUUGCAUACGGCCAGCGAACUCUGGCUAAUCUUGGGUGAUCUGGCCAAGCCCGUUCUGGAGACGAUCAAACAGAUUGCCUGUCGUGCCAUCACGCUGAUCGUGUGGCCCAUUAUGCUCUAUACGCUGUUCUUUUACAUUCAUCUGCAAGUGCUGAAUCGCAGUGGCAAUGGCGAUGGCUUCUAUAGUUCGGCGUUUCAAUCGCGUCUCAUUGGCAACUCGCUGUACAAUGCAAGCAUGCCCCGGCAUGUGGCUUAUGGCGCUCUGGUGACCAUCAAGAAUCACAAAACCGGCGGCGGCUAUUUGCACUCGCAUGCUCAUCUCUAUCCCAAAGAGAGUGGCGCCCGUCAGCAGCAGAUCACCACGUAUACGCACAAGGAUGACAACAAUCUGUGGCUGAUUAAACCGUAUAACAAACAGUCGGUGCCCGGUGGCAAAUUGAAGUUGCUGCGUAAUGGCGAUCUGUUGCGUCUGGAGCAUGUGGUGACCAAACGCAAUCUGCACUCUCACAACGAAGCGGCGCCAAUGACUAAGAAGCAUAUGCAAGUCACGGGCUACGGCGAGGCGGGUGUCGGCGAUGCCAACGAUAUUUGGCGCGUGCUUGUUGUGGGCGGCCGUACAAACCAAAGUAUACACACGGUGACUUCACGCUUGAUGUUCGUGCACUAUCUGCAGAACUGUGCGCUCACGUCCAGCGGCAAGCAGCUGCCCAAGUGGGGCUUUGAGCAGCAGGAGGUCUCCUGUAAUCACAACGUACGCGACAAGUUCGCCCAAUGGAAUGUCGAGGACAAUCAGCACAAGCAGCUACCCAGCGUCAGUUUUAGCGUUUAUGCACCUGGCUUCUUUUCACGCUUUCUGGAAUCACACGCUGUCAUGCUGCAGGGCAACGCGGGCUUAAAGCCCAAGGAGGGCGAAGUCACCAGCCAGCCUUGGCAGUGGCCCAUCAACUAUCGCGGUCAAUACUUCUCAGGCAGCAGCUAUCGCAUCUAUUUGCUGGGCAAUCCCAUCAUCUGGUGGAGCAAUCUUGUAUUUCUGGCGCUCUUCGUUGCCGUCUUUCUCUACAAUGCCAUCGUGCAACAGCGUCGUGCCGGCCAAGCGGCUGUCAAUCAACAACCAAUUGCCGAAGAUCAACCUGCCAUCGGUGACAUCUGCAGCUGUUGUCCAGCGAGUAGCAGCGAGUCAACUCAGCUCGUUGAGACGUCGAGUGCUUCGAGUGGCGAAUCACAGCUGGAGGCGUCGAUGUCACUGCAGGCAGCUGCUUGGCUCUUUGUUGGAUGGCUGCUGCACUAUUUGCCCUUCUGGGCGAUGGGUCGAGUGCUCUACUUUCAUCACUACUUUCCGGCCUUGAUAUUCAAUUCGCUGUUGACGGGCAUUAUGUUCAACUAUAUAAUACGCUCGCUGCCCAAAUGGAUGCAGCAUGCGCUGCUCGGUACGCUGCUCUCGGUGGUUGCCUACAGCUUUGUGCUCUUCUCCCCGCUGGCCUAUGGCAUGACUGGUCCCCAUGCCAACGAGCCCAACUCGACGAUGCACAAGCUCAAAUGGAUGUCCACUUGGGAGUUCUAAAGCAACACACAAAAUAACAUUUCGAUUUGUUGUUUUUGCAUAGAAAUAAGCAUUUUAUAAGUAUAUAUAAAAAGUAGACAAAUGCGCUUAAAUUAAAUACACAGAAAACAAAAAAA